AUGCGUAUUUCGUCGACAAGAGUCGCCGCCAUCGUUGGGGCAUUGGCUUAUCUCCCCGAGAGCCAUGCAUGGGGUGCAGCAGGCCAUGAAAUCGUUGCUACAAUUGCCCAGAUGUACCUACACCCGAGCGUCCUCCCGACGCUGUGCGACAUACUCGAUCUGAAGGGGAACCGAUGCCACAUCGCCUCCGUCGCCACAUGGGCGGACCAGCACCGCAACCAGAUGCGCUGGUCCGCGACGCUGCACUACGUCGGUGCGAUUGGAGACCACCCCUCUGACACUUGUGCGUUCCCGGGCACCCAUGGCUGGGCAGGCAAGGAGGGCGCGAACGUCCUGGACGCGGUCAAGAACACGACGUCCUUGCUCCAGCAGUGGGUGGACCACGACAUGAGCGACAGCACGGCAAGCGAGGCGCUCAAGUUUCUCAUUCAUUUUGUGGGAGAUAUGCACCAGCCGCUGCAUCUAACUGGCAGGGAUCGGGGCGGGAAUGGCGCGAGAGUGCGGUUUGGACAGAGGCAGACUAAUCUGCAUUCAUUAUGGGACGGGUUUCUCAUUGCGAAAGCGGUGCGUACGACACCCAGGAACUAUUCGCGGCCCCUACCGUACCCAGAAGUCGAGCGGGCGCUGCGGGGCACGAUCUACGACUCCUAUAUCCGCAGAAUACUUUGGGAGGGCAUACUUCACCCAUGGGCGGAGGACCUUGAAACGUGGCUGAGCUGCCCGACACCUAGCAGCUCCACAGCCGCUACCCCUGGUUUCUUGGGCAUGUGGCAGACAGCGUACGGGAUCGCGAACAGGAUUGUACAGACAUUCAUCAGCGAAGGCGUGGAAAUCAGCCCUGACGGGCCCGUCGUAUGCCCUUACCAUUGGGCACAACCGCUUCACAAGCUGAACUGCGAAAUCGUGUGGCCGAAAGAGCUCGAUGAGCCUCCGUACAACCAAUAUCAGUCCGCGGAUGAUGAGGACGAACACGACCACGAGGACAGCUAUGAUCUGGUCGGGGACGAACUUUCACCACGCGAGAAAUCGCGUCUUUUGGACCUGGACACACCCAAGUACGCGGGCGUUAUCGAGAAGAAGAUGAUUGUGGAGAAGCUGCUCGCUCAGGGCGGUAUUCGCCUUGCCGGAGUGCUCAACUAUCUCUUUGCUGACGAGAGCCAGGUGAAUGGCCCAAGAGCAGCAUUUUUAGACGACUUUCGCCGUGCGCUGUAA